CAUUCACAGUCAAUAAUAAAUACUCAAGAAAAGGCACACUCACUAUCAGUUGGCACGACAAAGGCACUGCUCACAAUUCAAUUGUCAUCGCAGUAUGGAUGCACCACCAGAAUGGGACCUAUUGCUUUCUGCGGCACAGAAGAAUCAACCAGACCGGAUUAAGGAGAUGGUCAGAUCCGGCGUCAGCGCUUCCCACGCCAAUGGUGUGGGUCAAACCGCCCUUCAUGUAGCAGCACUUUGGGGGAACGGUAUUUUACUGACUGGCGCGACUGUUCUUCGGAAUUCCGAAGUGAGUGCUGUUCAGGCCCUUCUUGAAUCUGGUGCAAACGUACAUUCACAAAAUAAUUUGACGGGAGGAACGCCUUUGCACAUGGUUUUGCAGUCUCGAAAAGCUGCUGGAAAAAAAAUGGAAGAAACUGUAGAGUUGCUGCUCGAUUUUGGUGCUGAUCCAAGUCAGACAGAUCACUUUGGAAAGCUUCCUGUCGACUACCUCAUUGAGCACCAGCCCGUAAGCCAAUUGGUUGCAAAGCUACAACCGAAGGCUCCAGAGAUAUUUCUUGCGAUAGGAAACAGAGAUGUUGCGCAAGUGAAAGCGUUGCUGGCAUCAAAACAAGAAGGCAUUGUAACAUUGGAAUACAAACAUCAGACGCCUCUUUCGUUUGCAGUGACUGAAACAGCCGGCUCAAAUGGUACUAGAAGUGAGGAUGAAGCUAUUCUGAGAAUCAUAAAGUCGUUACUGCACGAAAAAGCCGAUCCCAAUUACGCACGAACAGAUCUCGAGGAUUCAUUCGAUCCUCCACUUGUUCAAAUUCUUCGUGGAUUGCGAGAAUGCUACAAUUCGGAUGGACAGUCGUCACUUCUGGAGAGCGUAGCCUCAGAACUGAUUUCUGGUGGUGCCAAAAUCGAUUCUGACGUAACGGCCAUGCUACACAAUUCCGCUCGCCGAAAUGAAUUAAGGAUGGUUAAGUUCUUAAUCGAACGUUUAGGACUGAAUCCCAAUGUUCCGAAUCGACAGGGCAUGACAGCGCUGCAAUUCGCUAGUCGUUCAGGUCAAAUGGAUGUGCUCAAGUAUUUAACAGGCCUUAGUGCAAUUGAUAUUAAAGUCAAGGAUCACCAAGGCCAAACCGCUCUCUCGGCAGCGCAAGCCAAUGGGAAAACUGAAGCAGCGAUGCUUCUCCUGAAAGCAGCAGCGGAAGGAAGCUGAAUAGGAAAGCAGUGUUAG